GAAACUGUACAGCUGCCCGCCACGCUGCCGCUACCAAAGUUAGUUAGGCGCUAACGAAAUUACACCCCGUUCACCGUCGUCGGAUAGAAUCCACAGGUCGUCCCUCGAGGAUUAAAUUGAUUUGUGGCUACCGGUCGUUCUACCUCUAACAACUUUAUCAAAAUGCGUUACAUCGCUGCGUACCUCCUCCUACAGAUCGGUGGCAAUGCCUCCCCUUCUGCCGACGACAUCAAGAACGUCCUCGGUGCUGGUGGCAUCGAGGUCGACGAGGAGCGCCUCGGCAAGCUCAUCUCCGAGCUCGAGGGCAAAGACAUCAACGAGCUAAUCGCUGAGGGUUCCUCCAAGCUCUCUUCCGUUCCUUCUGGUGGUGCCGCUGUCUCUGCUGGCGGUGGUGCUGCUGGCGGUGGCGGCGCCGGUCCCGCUGCUGCUGAGGAGAAGGCUGAAGAGAAGAAGAAGGAAGAGGAGAAGGAAGAGUCCGAUGAUGAUAUGGGCUUCGGUCUCUUCGACUAAGUUUCCACGUGUAUCAGCGUUCGUUGUAUUACCUAUUCUACUACGUAUUAGGAGCGUGACGAUCGUUGAUGACGAUACGUGAAAAUUGUGAAGCUUGGCUUUGUGCCUGCCUGUUCUGUUCCGUGUAUCGAUCAGACACUUGGUGCUCGUCGGCUGUUUUACUGUGUACGCCGACCGCCGCCACUGCUGACAGUCGUUGCCCGAAAUCCGUCGUGUACAGGCAUGACAGAAAAGACGGCGGCAUACGGAUGAAUGUAAUUGGCCGGCUGCGCGUGCGUUCGUCUCGGAUCGCGGGAUAAACGAACAAGUUGGAGUGAAACACCAAUCAGCUGCAGCGUGGACGAUAGGAGUCAGCACAGCGUCGAAGGUUUGUUUUAAAGGACUCGAUUGGGAUACCCCCGGGGGCUCGAUUUUCAGGGGGGCGGAGGAUCAGGACACCGCCUCUUCGCUCUGU